UCUUCUUUGGAACUUGCUAGCUAGCUAUUGCUGCAGCAACGCGCGAGCACACUUCUAACUACACCAGGCAAAAAAUUAUAUAUUGUUUUUGUUUCUUUCGUCAACUCAAACUCUACACAUAUAGCUAGCAGAUACAAUAUCUAUACCAUACGAUACGAAGAUUCAAUUGUACUUACGAGUUACGUACGAUAGUCUGUUAUUGGAUUUUCAAACGCGGAUCCGCGUUCGUGUUGAUCGCUGAUGUUUGGAGCGUUUAAUGUUUUUAUUAUUAUUUCAUUUGGAGUUUUUGUUUGAAUCUUGUCGUUGUUGUUGUCUUUGCGCGCUCGAAGUUUUUUAUGAGGAUGAAAAUUAGCAUACGCGACUUUUGAUCGCACAAAACAUAAAUUGUGUUUACACAAAUCGCAUAUUAGGAUCAAAUCCGCGAAGUUCAGUGUUUCAGUGGAAAAAAAAGAAAAGAAAAAGAAAUUAUUGAUCGAGUGCAAUAAUAAUUUAUAGUCAUAUAGUGAAAACUCCGGUCAAGCCAAAGGUUCAUUUGAAGAAUAUGCUUUGGUAAAUUCAAACUUUCACUCGAGUGUAAAUUUACAGCAAUUAAAGGAUAUUCCCGCAAAAAGAUCUUAUCAAAAAUGGAGAGAAGAUCAUUUUUAAUUAUAUUGCUAUUUGCAAUUAUAGCAAAUAUGAGUGCUACAAUAGGAAAACGUCAACUAAAUAUACUUGAGGAUGAUUCUAGAUACAUUUCAUAUCAAGACUUAAUGUCGUCGUCAAAUCGUUUCGAAGACACCAAUAUCACAACAUACUCAAGAAUGCUCUUCGAUGUUGCUAGAAAUCAAAUGAUUGUUGGAGCAAGAGAUGCAAUCUUUCGCCUAUCCUUUGACCUGCAUCUGUUGGAGAAAUCAAUCUGGGAGGCCACAUCGGCGCAGAUUCAAAUGUGCCAAAUGAAAGGCCAAUCGGAGCACCAUUGUCGCAACUAUAUCAUGGUCUUGCAGAGUUACGAGAAUCAGUUGUACGCGUGUGGGACGUAUGCAUUCAACCCGAACUGUUCGUGGCGCCAGAUGGAGAAUUUAACCGUAACAGCAAAUGACAGUGGCGUUGGGAAGUGUUCCUUCAGUCCGAAUUCGAAUAUAACCGCUUUGCUGACGAGCGAGGGCCAAAUCUUCGUUGGAUCACCCACAGACUUCUCUGGAUCGGAUCCUGCAAUUCUGAGGACGAAUGUUGCCCAUCCGCAGGAGCACUCUGCCCGUCGAAAGAACGGAAACCUUAUUCGGACCAAACAGUACAACUCCAAGUGGCUGGACAACCCUCAGUUUGUGGGGAGCUUCGAUGCAGGGUCCUUUGUUUAUUUUGUCUUUCGGGAGACAGCUGCCGAAUACAUGAACUGUGGCAAAGUAGUCUACUCCAGAAUCGCCAGAGUAUGCAAAUCCGAUCCGGGCGGUGGUCAAAUUCUCAAUGAUAAUUGGACGUCUUUUUUGAAAGCCCGUCUUAACUGCUCUCUACCGGGAGAAUAUCCCUUCUAUUUUAAUGAAGUCCAAGGAAUGACCUAUUCAGCUGAGGAAGAUGUGCUCUAUGCUACAUUUACAACACCAAGUAAUGGAAUCCACGGAUCGGCAGUUUGUGCCUUUAAUCUCUCCGCGAUAAAUGCAGCCUUUGAGGGCCCAUUUAAGUUUCAGGAGCACAUCGACUCCAACUGGAAAGAUGUCAACACCCAAUAUCGAAGUCAAUUUUCGUGCGAAAACCCUCCAGAGGGACUGAGCUACAAGCACCUUUUAGAGUCUUCGCGAUACCAACUGAUGGAUGAUGCCGUCCAACCCAUGACUACAUCUCCACUCUACUAUUCACGACUCGAACGGUUCACCCACAUUGCCGUUGACAUAGUUUCCACCAAGCACAUCGGUUCCACCCAUGUUUUGUAUAUCUCCACAGAGGGCAAUAUUAUCAAGAAACUGUCGGUCUUGCCUUCGAUGCAAGCCUGCCUCAUCGAAGUGUGGCAAUACGAGGAAGAACAACUAAACUCGCAUAUUCAUUCAAUGGAAUACCUGAAGGUAACCGACUCGCUCUACGUAGGCACAGAUCGAGCGCUUAUACGCAUCAACUCGCAUCACUGCAAACGCCACGUCUCGGAGAAGACAUGUCUUAACGCCAUGGACCCGUACUGCGGGUGGAAUGAAUUAAAGGACGAAUGCACACCUCCUCCGACUAGCGGUGACACCUCAGAGAAAUAUUGGAAGCAAAAGGAACUGCAGUGUCCCAUUCUCACAGCACCGAUUGAUGGCGGGUGGUCGGCCUGGUCGGAUUGGUUCAAAUGCAACAAGUACAACGACGAGGGAUCUUGUUUGUGCCGCUCGAGGAGUUGCAUAAAUCCUGCUCCGAAAAAUGCCGGCGAAGAUUGCGUGGGAAUAACCACUGAGGUCACUAACUGCACCGUAAAUGGUGGUUGGACAGAAUGGAGUGCGUGGUCGGCGUGUUCCCAGACGUGUGGUGUAGCAGUGAAGACGCGUCGAAGGUCCUGUGGCAAUCCCAAGCCAGCAUUUGGUGGACGCACAUGUGUUGGCUCAGAUCGCGCAGAGAUUUAUUGUUCGCAGUUACCGCCCUGUCCAGCACCAAAACCACAGGCCAUUGAUGGUGGGUGGGGACCCUGGGGUCAGUGGAGUGAAUGUAGUGCUGAGUGUGGCGGAGGAUUUCGCAUCCGUCGACGAGAAUGUAAUGACCCCAGUCCACAAAGUGGCGGAAUGGAUUGUCCUGGCUGCAAUAUUGACUACGAAGUGUGCAACGCUCAGGGGUGCCCAGAAGUGAAAAAGCUCAGUCAGUGGACCCCGUGGCUCGUCCAAAUGAACACCAACGAAAGUAGUGGUGAGGUUGCGCAUGUGGAAAAAAGAUUCAGAUUUGUGUGUCGUGCGACAACCUCCGAUGUGGGAUCAAUGAAGAUAAAUCUUUCCAAGGAGGAGACUAGAUUCUGUCACUCGGACGGCAAUUGCCAGAGGGGAAAUAGUGAAAAUGAAGAGGAAAGUGUAUGGAGUGAGUGGGGACCCUGUUCGGUUUCUUGCGGAGGUGGGCUUCAGUACAGAACCAGAUCUGGAGAUGGCGGCAAGCAUCACAAGAACACAGUGAGUCGUGUUUGCAACACGCAACCUUGUCCCAACGAAUGGAGCUGUUGGACCGAGUGGUCUCCUUGUUCGACUACAUGUGGAAUCGGCAUUCGCAAACGAUCCAGAAAGUGUCUUGGCCCCGAGAAGACCUCCUGCAAAGGCAAAUCAUUUGAGGAAGCAAGAUGCGAAAUGCCAUCUUGUGCUUAUUAUCUGGGCUGGAGUAACUGGAGCGACUGGUCUCCAUGCUCAAGCGAUGGAAUCCGCUAUCGAACCCGUACGUGCCAACUAAAUCAACCGAACGCCAACGAAUGUCUUGGUGAACCGUUUGAAAAAGCCUCCUGUGUGCCAGAUCCCUGCAGUGGCACAGCAAUGGCUUCAUUCUCAACGAUCAGCACCAUGGUUGCUCUAUUCUGCUUGUUUUACGCCCUGACAAUUCUACUAACAUUUUGGAUCACCAGGCGCCGAUUCAUGCCAGAGACUCCGAAAAAUAAUUCACCAACUCCCAGUUACGAUGCAUAUCCCAAUCAGUACUCCAGCCUUCCAACCAAAGAUAUCUAUGAACCGCGUCAAAAGCCCAAGAGACAAAGUAGCUUCAGCAUGAGUUCUGGCUCCAAGAAUUGCAAUACCAGCGGAACUCUAAAUAAAUCGAAUAACAUUCAAAACAAUCAUACGCCAAAGGUAUUGGCCAAAACUUAUAAUGAUUGCGAGUCGGGAACUUUAAAACGGAAUUCACACGGUCUCAAUAAUUACCGGACAAAUAUCGAUGAUGAAAAGUUUUGAGAAAAGAAAAACACUGCAAAUUAUCUACGUUAAUGAGGUUUUUCAUUGAAAUUUGACAAUACGAGUCAUUGUUGUGGGCUUUUUCGUUGGAAAUGAAAAAAGUUUGAGGGUUUGUCCUAAAGUGAAUGAAGUCCUCGUUUCUAUUUCUGACGAUCGACGUCAGUUAGGUUUGAUUUUCGAUAAACUCAAUUUGCAACAAGUUAAAACAAACGUUUAAAUUAAACCUGCCCAUAAUCUGUUACAUUUGUAUAUGAAACGAAGGCAUGGGAAAUUUGUUCUUAUAUGAAUGCUUUCCGACAUCGUUCUUCUAUUUCGAUAAGCCCCUUUUAUCAGGCGUAUACCUUUCCAGAACAAAAAAACAUACUUUCGUGAUUCGGUCAUAACAAUUAGCACCUCUCCAACAUUAAGAGGACAAACUAAUUAUUUUGAAAAAGAUGUAACGAUACCUAGAGGCAUUCAUUGCCCAGUUCUCAAGUAUUUCGUUAAUUCAAUGAAAAACUUCGUUUAAAAGCAAAGAAAAGUUUCCUUAUUAAUUCCAUUAACUUUAAACAUAAAAUUAUUACAUUUUGUUAAAAUACGCAGUGCCAUUAGACUAUAAGCUAAGCGACGAAUUUUGUUAACUAAUGUUAUUCGGGAAAUGCAUUAUAUUUAAAUUUGACUCAUAUUGAGUUGACUAUAUGUAGAGUUAGGAAAUAGGAUAAUGUUAGUGCUAAAAAUAAUUAUAUACAUAUUUUUAUAAACAUUUAAUUUAAGUAGUAGGUAUAGUUGUGCUUUGGAAGAUUUAAUUUUAUUCGGCGACUAAUCAUACAAAAAUACAAGACUGAUUUAUUGUUUUUGUCUAAUUUUUCGUACGAUAAGUGCUAUAAUAAUAUUCAGAUAUACAAUUUUAAGUGUAUAGGGGCUGUACUAACAAAAGCAAUGAAAGAUAAGUAUUAAAUUAAUUAAUUGUAAAAACAAAACAAAAAUAAUAAUUUUUCUUUUCUGUUAAAUAAAUAAAAUAAAUUAUAUUUUAAUAAAAACAAAAAA